UUUAGCAGUAGAAUAUAAGCAGCCAACCCGUACCAAAUGUGAUUUUAGUAGUAGAGUUUUCGAGGCAACCCGUACCAAGUGGGACAUUUCUGCGUGUGUAUUAGUGAAAAUCUUAGGAUUAGUUACUUGUAGAUUUAUACAAUGGCUUAUACCAUGCUAUAAAGGGCAACACGGUUUUUGUGAAUUUUUGUUGCCAAAUCUACGGAAACUAAAUGAAUAUUUAAAUGUUUCAGAAUGCCUAAAGUUGUUUCGCGUAGUAUUGUAUGCUCUGAUUCUAAAGAUCAGGAAGAAUAUAAUGAAGAAAAGCCAUUAAAUAUAUACUACUGCCUUUGUGGGAAACUGACCUUAAUUCUCGAUUGUACCAUAGAUGUCUUACCACUGCGACCUGCGGAUGGAGCUCGUGUUAUUGAUGGUAAAAAGCAUGCUCAUAAGACAGCAUUUCAAGAAGGACAGUCUCUAUAUAUUAGACGGGAAAAAGGAUAUGAACAGCAAUUUCGCUUAAAUUGUAAACAUUGCAGUCUGCCUUUAUACUAUCGCCACGAUCCAGCAUCUGAUGUUACAUUUAUUAUUCGAGGCUCGUUAGUUCGCAAGAAAACGGAAAAUUUUCUUGAGUCAGAAGAAGUAAUGACAGCCGAUUCAUGUGUUGAGGGUGUUGGAUUUGGUACUAGCGAAAAAAUUAUGGUAACCCGCCAUACAAAGCACAUGGGGAAAUUCAGUUCAGUUACCGUAUCAACCAUUGACGAAGAAGAGGAUGAAAUUGAAGCUCGUGAAAUUGCAGAUAGUUACGCAAAUAAUGCAAAAAUUAUAGAGAAGCAACUGCAGCGAAAGGGUGGAAAGUUGACAGACUUAGCGUUACGUAAUAAGACGGACGAAGCACAAGUUGUAAAGAAAGCAAGAGGAACACUGCUAGAUAUGUAAAUUAUUUUGAAAAAAAAUUAGAAGUUGUUUCAAUCUUUCUACGGAAAGACCCAAAAUAUGUUUUUAUCAUGUGCUCAUAAACAUAGUAUGUACAUGAGAACCCUCUUCUCGACUUUCCGUAUUUUUUAAAUUUUUGGGAACUGCUUUCCACAGUACACACAAACUUAACUAAUACCUCGCUUUGAAAAGAGGCUAUUUACCUCUCACUUUGCAUAAAUAUAAUAAUUCCAGUCAGAUAUUUCUUAAGGAAUAUAUAAAAACAAAUUUUUAUGUAAUUCAUAUAAAAGUUAUACAUGACACUAAUUGUUAUCUAAUCUCCGCUUGGUUGUCAUCGAAGUGAUCUAACUUAAUCUCUCAUAGCCAUUGAAUUGGGACUUUUAUUUAACAAUC